AGAAAAAACAAAACAGUCUGCAGAAUGAAGGCGGUGUGGCUGCUGCUGGCGUUGGCCUUUGCGCCAACGCUGGGCAAGGAAUUGUGCGAGGAACACCUGCGGACCAAGGUUCUGGUGGGCAAGGUGCGACCUGACGGAAGCCUCCAGGUGCCGGACGAUGGCGCCGGAGCCCUCUUUUACCCCAAAGACACUUAUUGGAAGGAAAAGCACUCCUGGUGGGCGUGUCCCUGCCGCUUGGGCAAAUGCGUCCGACAGUGCAAGCGAAGUUUGGCCAGGGCGAAAGGGGUUGAAAUGGCUCGUCACCCGGUCGCAAUCGACAUCUGGAUCGGCGAUCGAAGACAGCAGGUGCUCAUGAGCGAGCACUUUCACAUCAUCGACGAGGGAUGGUGCGUCAGCGGCGGAUACUUCCUCGAAGAAGACAUCGAGCUGGACGAGUUUCGAAUUCUGUCCAACGGAUCCAUCUAUUUUUCGCACCCAAACAUCACCAAUGACGCCGAAAGAAUGAUCAGCGUGGAAAACUCCUGCAUAAUUCCUGAGCACGGAAAGGUUGGCGCCUUCAUCUGCAUGCCGCCGGAGCCGCAAGACUUGAAGUUUACAAUCUAUCCGAUAUUCUUCGUGAUAAGCGCCGUUUUUCUGCUGUUGACUCUGAUAGCGUUUUUCUUGACGCCCGACCACCACACGAUCCACGUGCGGUCUGUGGUUUGCCAGUCGGGAAGCUUGCUAAUGGCUUACAUCGGACUGACGAUCAACUACACAAUCGGCGACACCAGCCACAUAAACACUUGCAUUAUCACCGCCUACGUCACUUAUUACUUCCUUUUGGCGAACUUUUUCUGGCUCAAUGUGAUGUGCAUCGACAUCUACAUCACCUUCAGCGGGCUCGUCGACAGGGCCAACGAACGAGCAUUCCUCAAGUUCUCCGUGUACGCGUGGUGUGCUCCCCUGAUAAUCUUCACCAUCACCGUCGUCCUCGACCGCACCACCAAACACGAUAGCCUCAGCCCUGGAAUUGGAAAAUCCACCUGUUGGUUCAGCAACGUGUGGAGCCAACUCCUCUACUUCAGCGGGCCGGUGCUGAUCCUGUUGCUGAUCAACAGCUACCUAUUCGCCGUGACGGCACUCAAGGUGUGGCGCGUCAAGCGGGACCUGGGCCGCAUGAUGCACAGCGAGGACUCCAAAGUGCACGGGCGCAAGGCCAAGCAGCAGGAACAGGACAAGGACAGACUCAAACUCUUCAUCAAACUGUUCCUCCUGAUGGGAUGCACCUGGUUCAUGGAGAUCAUCUCGUGGGCCGUUGGUGGACCGUCCGCGAUUUGGUACGUCCCGGACGCCAUCAACUGUCUGCGGGGCGUGCUCAUUUUCUGGUUCUGCGUCUGGUCAAACCGGACCAUCCGCGCCCAGUUGAGGGAGCGCUUCGGCUCCUCGAAGAAUAAAACCGCCAGUUUCGCACCGACAACCUCCUCCGUCUUCAGCGUCGCUUCCUCGUCCAAAACCCUGUGAGAUAAUCUCAAAAAUAGCAAUCGAUGAAAGAAGGGGACUCGAGAAUUUCCGACUCACUUUACCCCCUCCUAUCGUCGUAUUUGGUAUCCCAUCUGCCUAAACAAUCAGAGGAACUUCCAGACCUUGAAAGGGGCCUAGUGUGUGUAACUUUUCCUGUACAAUUAAUCCUUCGUAAACUAAAAGAAUGACUUCCGGUAAUAAUCGCCAUGUUCAAUAUCUGAAAUAAAAUGAUCAUUUGUCGCAGAA